AUGGGAUUAUUGUUAUAUUUGAAGGAGUUGAUAACUUUAACCAUCAAAGUAAUCCUUAGCAUUAUUUAUGAUUGCUUUGAAACACUGAAAUUGUACAUGUUCCCUGUUUACAAGGAUAUCAGUGAGGAUGUUAUAUUAAUUACAGGUGCAGGAAAUGGAAUUGGUCGUGAAAUGUGUCUACAAUUUUCUAAACAUUGUUCAAAUAUACUGGCGUUGGAUGUGGAUGAAGAAGGUCUUCAGGAAACUGCUGUUUAUGUGAAAAAUCGAAGAGGUGUACAAAUUAAACAAUACUUAUGUGAUUUAAGUUCUCUAACAGACAUUGACCGUAUUGUCAAUGAAAUACUACAAGAUUAUGGUCGUGUUACAAUCUUGGUGAAUAAUGCUGCAAUUAUCAACUUAUUGCCAUUGUUGCAUCUAAGUUUAGACAAAUUUGAUAAAUGCUUCAGAGUCAAUCUUUAUGCGUACUUCUAUCUGAUCAAAGGAUUUCUACCAGGCAUGCUUGGCACGUCAAUGUCAUCAAACUGUUCAAAUCACACGAACAAUAAACCUGCACGUGGUCAUAUUGUCUAUGUAUCCUCUGGUGGGGGAUUAUUGCCAGUUCCUCGGUAUACAGAUUAUUGUGCAACUAAAGCAGGCGGUUUAUUAUUAUCUGAAAGUUUAGAAUUAGAAUUGAAAGAGAUGGGUGUUGCUGACCAAAUACACAUUACUCGUGUUAUCCCGCAUAUUGUAAGAACAAAAUUAGUCGGACUUAUUACAGGAUCAAAUUCUCCAUUACUCCCACUGUUAGAACCAGAAGAAUGUGCCAGACAGAUUGUAGAUGGUGUUCUUCGGAACAAAUCAGUUGUCUAUAUUCCUCGUAUUGUUCGCCUAAUGGCUAUCUUAAAGAUUCUAUCGCCGAACUAUGCUAUGUCUGUCAUUAGAAAUUAUUUUCGACAAAAGUUACUUUUCUCUACCAACGGAACAAAAUAG